AUGGGGUAUACCCUGGCUCUUGUGCUUUGUGAUCACCUUGAUCGAUUCGACACCACAGACGAUCUCGCACAAAUCCGCGAGAUUGAGAAAGCCACUGGAUUUGAGUAUAACGGAAAGCCGGUGCGUACUGGACAUGAAAUCGGCCAUCUCACACGGUGGUUACAGACCAGUGGACAAGUUCUGAUCAAUAUCGCGGCGAGGAGGAAGACUCUUCGGAGUGGGGUCCGAAUGUUGGACCACAUGGACGAAACCAUGAACACAGAGGAAUCUCGUCAUCCUGACACAGAUAUCCAGGCUCGAAGAGCAGAGUCCUCGCGACGAUUGAUGGAAGCAGUUCCCCCCAUGAGAUGUCGUAUCCAGACCUAUAAUGAAUACAUGGACUACAUGGCAGUGAGAGUGGAGAGGCUUUCUAGUGUACUAAUAACGUUAUUGACACACAAAGAUGCCAAAAUCAGCAUCGAGUUGGCACAUGCCAGUCAGGACCUUGCAGAAGCAGCGAAGCGGGACAGUUCAGCUAUAAAGACAAUAGCCGUGAUGACUAUGGCUUUCCUCCCAGCCACCUUUUUUUGCAGCUCUUUUCGCAGUCCCGUCAUUGGAAGACACCGUGCUCCAGAGUAA